AUGGAUAGUCCAAGCAAGACGGAUGCUAAACUCGACCAAGCUGUUGGUAACGCCAAAGAAACCGUUGGUGAUGCCGUCAACAACGACAAGAUGAAGAGUGAAGGCGCCGCUCAACGUGGCCAAGGUCAAAUCAAUGAAGCUUCAGCCGACAUCUCUGGCUUUGUCAAAGGCGUCAAGGAUAAAGCUGAAGGUGCAUUGAAGGGUAUCCAAAAUGCUUUUGGUGGCAACAAGUAG